GUGUAUAUUAUGCCCGAGGGUGAGUGCAAACCGUGACACUACGCAUGAAUUGGUGACGUAGUACACAAGCACAUGCAGAAAGCAGGAUGGCGCUUGAUAUGAGGAAAAAUCAAGAUGCUCUUAUCAAGAGUUACCGGGAUGUUGUGGAUGAAAAAUCGGACACGGAUUGGUUGAUAUUUGGUUAUGAAGGUCAAUCUUCAACACUUAAAUUGGUUGGAAAAGGAGAUGGUGGUAUUGAGGAGAUGGUUGAUGACCUUAACAGUUCCAAGAUCAUGUAUGCUUACUGUAAGGUGAUGGACCCCAAUACCAACCUCCCCAAGUAUGUCCUGAUCAACUGGCCAGUACAUGUGACCAUUCAGGCGCGGAAUGAUGACGACGUGGACGAGGACAUAAUCACGGGCAAAGUGUCCAAGGCUUCGGGCUCGAACUACAGCGUACACGAUGAAAAACCCAAGAAACCAGUGAAGGAUGGCCCAGUGGGCUCUGUAUACAAACGAGUGGUAAUCGCCAAGGAAAUCAACACCAAAAAUCGCGACCAAUUCUGGGCAGAGGCAGAGAAAGAGGAACAAAAACGAGUUGCUGAGGAACGGAAAAAAGUUCUCAGUGAAAGACAUCGUGAUGUGGUGGAAAGGAAGGAAAGGGAGAAACAAGAAGCAGAGAAGCGAGAUGUCCAAGUACGUGAACGAAUGAAGUCCAUCACAGAUCAACGUAAGCUUGAACGACGUCUGAGCCAGCAAGACACGGCAACAGAAAAAGAACAAUGGGAAAAAGAACAGGAUUUGGCAUAUAAGGAGGAAACAGCGAGAGGAAAACGAAGCGAGGUGGUGAGAAAAGAGCGAGCCGCUGAGGCGACUAAAUUAACCUCCAAUUCAGCGGCCAACGCUCGGGCGUUGUUCCGUAGGAAAGAAUCGGAGAGUAUGGACGAACCACCAUCUCCCAUCAGACGAGGACCCCCUCCUCCCCCAAAGAAACUGCGACAGCCAGCUUUCCUCAGUCAAGAACAACAGUACAAUGGACAACCAAAACAACCCAUCAGCUUACCAACAGAAAACACGGGCGACGACGUUUUCUCACAAGACCGCAGUCCGCCAAAGCAGCCAGUCAGGGAACCUUCACCUCCCCCACGGGAACCCUCCCCUCCCCCACGGGAACCAUCCCCUCCCCCACGGGAACCCUCCCCUCCCCCAAGAGAACCCUCUCCUCCCCCUAGAGAACCAUCUCCACCCCCAAGGGAGCCUUCGCCAGAGCCUCAAUUGCCGGUGAUGCGGGAACCAUCCCCAACACCCCAGCAGCCCGUCAUGAGAGAGCCAUCACCACCUCCCAAAGUCACACAGCUCCCUAGGGGCCGGAACCUACUGGCUGAUGGACUGCCCAAACGCCAGGAAUCUGAUGAGGAGGAGGAAAAGGACGAUGAUUGGGAUGACAACGAAGACAGCACACCUGAUGUGGUUCCCUCCGUGCACGUGGACCAGCCUCAGUAUGAUGAGGGUGAGCUGGAGGCUUACCAACAGCAGGCAGAGGAACAGGAACAAGCUAGGGUAGCACAGAGUCAGGGACAGUGUGCGCGGGCCCUCUACGAUUACCAAGCUUCUGAUGAGACUGAAAUAACCUUUGACCCUGAUGACAUCAUCUUGAACAUCGACCAGAUUGACCCAGGAUGGUGGAUGGGCACAGAUCCCUCAGGAAAACACGGAAUGUUUCCCGCGAACUAUGUCGAGCUCAUCUAGGCUUACAAACAUUAAUUACCAUAAUGGUUAAACUAGCAGUACUUAAACAACGUUAACAAUUAAUAUGUUCUGUCGAAGUUCACAGGAAUUAGUGUUCAAAAAUUUGGGAAUUAAAAUUCUCUUUUACAGUAAAUUAAAAUCCUUCACCAUUUUAUGUUAUUCAAGUGGAAUUGACACUGUUUGCAAAUUCAGAUUUUUAAAUUGCCGAAUUAUGUAUCCAGAAUAUGUGUGUGGUUUACUGGAAAGCACCUUAAGUAAUUGCCAGCGUAUUGUGACUAACAGUCAGCAUACAUUGAAUGUGUAGCCAAUCAGAUGCAUCCUUAUAAAAAUUACUUGGAAAUUCAUCCAAUCAGAAAUGUUGUUAUUUAAAUGAAUUGGAAAUUUAUCCAGUAUGAAUUGUUGUUCCAUGUAUAAUCAAUUUAGGAUGUACCAAUAUUUAACUUGAAGUUACAAGCCAUGUAAGGUUGGCAUGGUAUAAGAUGUAAAGACUACUCUAACAUUGGCUGUCUCUCUGCUGAAUGGUUUAAUUUGUUGUCACUUAACAUCAACAUUUGAAGAAUAACAUGCUUUUGUCAGGGUUAUUGUUAUGCUAUGUUUUUAUUAGUUUAUUUUAGUUGUUUAACUCUUGUUUAUAUCCAGGUGCCAGCAUUUUCCAUAUUUAUAGAAAAUGGAGAACAUAAUACUAGCAUUUUUCGUAUUAUAUUGUAAAAACUGAGGUGGUAACACUGGCUGUUUAAUAUCGAUUUUCUAAUCGGUGUAGCCCUGUUGCUCUGAACAUCGUCUGUUACGGAAUGUUUAAGCUUACCUAGGGUUAUUAUUGGAAGGGUUGAUUAAUGUUGAUACAUGUACUAUCCUACAGAAACACUUUACUACAGUCAGCUAUGCUUGAGAGACCAGCCCUAUUAAGUAAUAGAUUAAAAAAAAAAUCAAAUAUGUCUGAUAAGCUUUUGUAUUUUUUAUUGACAUAGCAAUAUUCAAUAAGAAUACUUGUUUUUAGGAUCUUGUCUUGGUCUUUUGAAAAUCAUCUUCCGAAGAAAUGACAUAUGAUGGUAGAAACCUACUACAGUAAUGAAAAACUUUGAAAGGGAGAGUGAUUGACUUAUGAAUAUUUAGAUGGUUGUAUAAUAACUGAGAAAGUUCUUCUGUAAUUUAAAAGAUUCUGUUUUGAUGGUCUUUUUCAAUGCCAUGCAUGAUGCUUAUUUUUGUUUAUGAAACUUUGUUUUUUCAGACGGUUUUAAGUUUUGUUAUCAUGUUGAAAGCUGCCAGGUUGCAGUUUUGUCAUAAUACUUGUCCUGUAUACCACACCUAUACACCAGUCCAAUCCACACCUGUAUACCACACCUCUACACCAAUCCAAUCCACACCUGUAUACCACACCUGUACACCAAUCCAAUCCACACCUGUAUACCACACCUCUACACCAAUCCAAUCCACACCUGUAUACCACACCUCUACACCAAUCCAAUCCACACCUGUAUACCACACCUCUACACCAAUCCAAUCCACACCUGUAUACCACACCUCUACACCAAUCCAAUCCACACCUGUAUACCACACCUCUACACCAAUCCAAUCCACACCUGUAUACCACACCUCUACACCAAUCCAAUCCACACCUGUAUACCACACCUCUACACCAAUCCAAUCCACACCUGUAUACCACACCUCUACACCAAUCCAAUCCACACCUGUAUACCACACCUCUACACCAAUCCAAUCCACACCUGUAUACCACACCUCUACACCAAUCCAAUCCACACCUGUACACCAAUCCAAUCCACACCUGUAUACCACACCUGUACACCAAUCCAAUCCAAUCCACACCUGUAUACCUCACCUGUACACCAAUCCAAUCCACACCUGUAUACCACACCUGUACACCAAUCCAAUCCACACCUCUACACCAAUCCAAUCCACACCUGUACACCAAUCCAAUCAACACCUGUAUACCACACCUGUACACCAAUCCAAUCCACACCUUUAUACCACACCUGUAUACCAAUCCAAUCCACACCUCUACACCAAUCCAAUCCACACCUCUACACCAAUCUAAUCCACACCUGUAUACCACACCUGUACAUCAAUCCAAUCCAAUCCACACCUGUAUACCACACCUCUACACCAAUCCAAUCCAAACCUGUAUACCACACCUGUACAUCAAUCCAAUCUAAUCCACACCUGUAUACCACACCUGUACAUCAAUCCAAUCCACACCUGUACUUAGAUUACUGUUAGUGUCAUACUCCUUAAUGUAAUACUUUGGGAUAUGCUGUUGUUUAUUUGUGCACUGGUUUUAUACACUCAUUCACAUUAUUAUAUAUAUUUAAGUCCCUUUCCCAUGAAAUUUGU